UUGCCUUCAUUUUAUUUAGAAUCUUGUGUGACCCCCGUGUCCACCCAAUUCCAGCACAGGGUCCGCGGUCGACUACCUGACCCUACUGAGACGAACUCACGUGUUCAAAAAGCCUUCAUCUCAAGCCGAAGCAAUGUAGCACCUGAAGUUGAUUCAUCUCUUUCUUCCGAUUUUGACGAUAGUUUAUCUACAUCGUCCAGCCUUGUUAAUAGUGCUUCGCCCAACAAGCGAAAGCGGCGCAAAAAGAAAAAGAAGAAGCUUGGCUCUGCUACAAACUCAAUUUCCCUAUCUGAGUCUCUCGCCACCUCCACCAGUCCCGGCAUGCCAAACACGACCGUUCGGGUGGAAGCGGAUGGGGCAGUGCAGCCUGGUCGACCAAGUCACCGUGUUCAGUCGACGCGAGCCUACCAUUCUCAGAGGCGCCAGCCAACAGAACAAAAAAGGGCCAAGAAAGAUGGAAACUGUGUUGUGGCUUCAUUAUAUGAUAAUGAUGAUGACGAUUAUGGAGACAUUCACUAUGAUUGCACUGCUGGUGAAGCGACUAUCACCUCUGAUGCAGCCUGCAGGCCUGAUGGAAGAACGGAUAUUCUGCCGAAAUCGGUUGAGGGUGAAGGGGAUGGUGAAAGUGAAGGAAAGGGGGAAGGAGAGAUCGAAGGUGGCUUACUACAGCGUAACCUACGCCAACGAGCUGAAGUAGCGCACAAACUAGCCCAUCCUUUGCGUUUGCAUGCCGACAUUUGGCACAAUGAGACCGGAGAGUCGAAUGAUGGCCCGGUUUGCUGCUGCUGGGCCAAAUAUCGCAUUGGGCCACUGCACAAUCAGUACGAAGGAGAGACGGUGGGUCACACACUUAAUAAGCCAAUUGUUUCUUUACAUCGAAGAAAGUCAAUCUUAGACGUUUUAUCUAUUUUUAAGGCUGUUUCUUCUACCUGA